CAACGGUCCUCUACCUCGCACAUAUCACACCUCAUACCACACCUUGCUCUUCCUCGCGCUGCAGAAGGAUUAACCAAUACCAUACGUCCCGGACAGAACAGGAGCCUGGCCUCGUCAUCAAACCAUGUCUUCGUAUCACUACCCUUCUGAGUCUUCUCAACGGCAUCACCUACCUCCACACUAUAUCGGUAGAGACCCCCACCGGGAUUCCCGCGAGAUGCGAGCGAAGUGGCCUCGCGACUUAUCCAGCAUCAGUUCGCGCGCAUCCUUGGAUAGUAAUUCAUCGACGGAUGGCGCAUCCAGCAGAGCAAGUAGAGAUUACUUUGAUCGUCUGGAAAGCAAGGGCACCUGUGAAUGGGCACGCAGAUAUCACGUCUCUGAGAAUGGUACGUCCACCAACCAGACCCCUCAUCAGUCAAUUCACAGAUCCUUGACAGACGAUCACCACACUACAUCCACCAUAUCCCGAGACGGCAAAGUCCAAGUAAUAAACCAUCACAAACGAGGUUUUGAUUGCAUGGAACCUCGAGCAUCUGAGGCGACACCCAGACACUACAAGGAAACACAAGCUCGUUCAAGCAAACACACCGAGUCUCGGAGAUAGUUACGGAUCACAAUAGCUCCCCCGACAUUCCACGAGGCGAUGUAGCGAUGUUGAACCGUUGGUCGUCACGGCGAGGCGAAGGUCGCUAAGCUUUGCCACUGCAGGGCCCAAUGCGAGACCAAAUGCAAGGCACAUAGCCGCCUGACUGCG